AUGGCGGCGGCGCGGGAGCCGCGGCUGAGGCUGAGCCGCCGGAGGCCGCCGUCUGGAGACGGGCCCCAGGGCGGCUGCUCCUGGCUUCUCCGGGGGGACGGCGGCGAGAGCGAGCGGCUCUGGGCCGAGCUGCUGCGCACGGUGAGUCCCGACCUGACGCUGGACGUCGAGCUGCCGCCGCUGCCUGCCCGCCCCGGCCAGGAGUCCGGGGGCAGCCCGGAGCGCGCGGCGCCCCCCGAGGUCUUCACAGUCGGACCCAAGACCUUCUCCUGGACGCCCUUUCCGCCGGCCCCGGGGGGCCCCGGCCGCCUUUACGGGCCUCUUCGCGGGGCAGGACGAUGUCUGGAGUCCCCUACCAGGUCCCCCCAAGUACACCCGGCGCCCGAGCCCUGUGGGACCCCCAGCGCAGAGGAGCAGCCUGCAGUGGAGGGGGCACCGGCCCUGCAGAGCUGCCCGAUGUGCCAGCAGGAGUUCGCCUCUGGGCUGACCCAGCUGGACAUCGACAGCCACCUCGCUCAGUGCCUGGCAGAAAGCACCGAAGACAUGGCGUGACGCAGUCGGACAGGCAGACUGGCUUGGGCAGCGCAUUUUCCUAACGGGGAGGACAGACGUGCGCAGCUCACGUCUCACCGCUGUUUUACUUCACUUCCGGAAGUGAACUCUCGUCCGUCGUGCAGCUGCACGUGCUUGGCAGGAGGUGAAGACGCGGUCGCUGUGCCCUGGGUGUGAGUGCCGAAGUCCUCACCCCAAGGCGAUGGUGUUGGGGCCUUGGGACACAUCGGGUCACGGGGGUGGAACCUCGUGGCGGGGUCCGAGGGCUCUCUCCCCUGUCCAUUCAGAGCAUACCGCAAGUAGGCGCCGUCCCCGGCCCAGAAGUGGCCCCACCAGAACCGAGAGAGGUGAGCCCUGUCCACGGUGGCGUGUUAGCACUGAGCUAACUCAGAUGCCUCCUGGGGCUCUGGGACCUCAGCGCUGACUGGCCGGGACUUGGACGCAGCCUCUCCUCAGACAGGGCGUCCUGGGGGCCCCGGCAGUGGGCGCCUCUUCUGGCGAGGCUGGCGGUAGGGCGCAGAACGGGCAAGUGCGCGUCUUUGGGCGGUUUCCCGCCAGGGCUGUUCGCCACGGGUCCUGCAGAGCCAGGCUUGGGGCCGGCUCGGCACCCGUCCCUGGGUGCCUGUCACGGGCAUCUGCCAGGGCAGCAGCCGGGGGAGGCAGGCACCAUGUGAGAGCCCAGGGUUAACGCCCAAAUCCCUGUUCUCCUGUCCGAUGCGGCUUCCUGCAGCCGUGAAGACAGGAGGAGCCUACGGGCGCGUUGCUCAGCGAAGGCAACUGGCCUGGGAAGACCACGCUGCGCGAUUCCAGCUCCGCGUCGUUCCGGAAAAGGCAAAGUGCGGAGACAGCACAGAGGUCCGCAGCUGCAGCGUGUGUGGGAGGAUGGCCGCGUGGGGACAGUGAAGCUCCAGGGUGGGCCGCGGUGGUCGAUCCGCAUCCAAACCCACAGUCCUGUCACCAGGUGAAGCCUGUGUGAACCGUGGUCUCGGUGACCGUGACGUGUCCGUGUAGGGUCACCACUGUGACAGACACACCCUCGGGCACGUGGGAACGCGCUGUACCUUCCACCCAAUUUUGCCGUGAGCCUAA